UAUCAUUUAAUUUAUUGGUUUGAAUAUAAAGAAUUUAGACGAAGGACAUUGGGGAACUUCACUUUCAAACCAUCAUGAGCGACUUUCUAUUGACCGAUCGUCUUCUUCACCUUUAAACCUCACAACUAGUAUGGAUGAUCAAACUUCUUCACCACCUCAGCGACAUGUUUCUAAUUUAGACCAAUUUUAUAUUUCUAAAACAUUUUUUCAACCUACUCCAUUAACCUCAUCACGACCUUCUUCUUCCUCUUCCUCAACAACACCAACAACAGCAGUUCAUACGUCUCCUACUCAUGAAUCCAAUGAAAAAUCGUCCACUUCAACUUCACCUAUGGAUGAAUCAACAAAUGUACCUGUGAUGCCUUUGAAUGAUGAAGAAUUAUUAAGACACAAACGAUACUUUCGACGUCAACCAUUGAUGAUCAAUGGUGACAAUGUGACAGCUGAUAAUAUAGAAGAUGGUUAUGUUCAAUUUAUCUUACAUCAUGAUACUGAUACUAUUGGUGAUGGCAUUGAUGGGUUGAUGUAUGCUCGUAGAAAGUUCUCUUCUGUACCACGUACUGGUGAUCUGUCUUAUACUACUUGGGAUAUUUUUGUUUUGGUAAACAAGUUACACAAUGGUGAAAUCAAAAAUUGGUCACAAUUGGUUGGACAACUUGGAUUAUCAGAUAUGUUAGGAAGACCUCAAUUUGCUCAAAGGGUGAAACGAUGGAUGCAUAAAUACAAGAUUGAUUAUUAUUUUGAUUACUUAAUGGGCACUCCUUUUAAUUUUCAUUCUGUGGAUGAAAAAUAUUCGGGUUGUUUAUUGAUGGGCAAUUAUCAAAAACGAAAGGAACCUGGGGAUUCUGGAGAUGAAUCUUCUUCACAGCCUCAACAAAAACGCAAGAAGAAACAACGACUCUUACCUUCUUCUACUAAUCAUGUGAAAAUGGAAUAUGAUGAUGAUGACCUGUCCAUUGGUGAAGAUGAUAAACGACCUAUUCUUAUGGCUGGUUCAAGGAAAAGAAUGCAAGGUUCAACUCUUUUGGUCAACGGUAUGCAACGACACGUCAAUGAUACUGACGAUGAAGAAGAAGAUGAUGAUGAUGAUGAUAAUAAUAUGUACAACAAUAAUAAUGAAGAGGAAGAAGAAGAAGAAGAACAAGAAGAGGAGGAAGAAGAAGAAGAGGACGAUACAACUCCACAACAACAUCGAAAGGUACAUCAAGAAAAGGAAUUAGAUGAUGAUGAAGAAGAUGAAUUGGCUUCUACCUCCUCCACCUCUGGCUCACCCAUUAUCUCAACAUCAUCACUCAUUCAUCAUUCAUCCUCUCUAACAAAAACGGCUGGUCCGUCUACACAUCAUUUAACUUCUCACAAACCAAUAUGCGAUUCUUGUAAUCAACUGUCAUCCACUGUAGAAGAAUUACGAGCUCAAUUAAAGCAAAUAUCUCAACAAAUGGAUAUGAUAUCGAGUUGGAAACCUGCCAUGGAAGAACAAUGUCGUCUAUUGGAACAACAAGUAAACAGCUUGACAAAAGAAAAGGAAACAAUUCAAGAACAAUGGACCUCUUGGCGAAAAAAGAUUGUACAAGAUUUAUUAGGUGAUCCUUUCCAUUAGUCUAUAUAUUGUUAUAUAUUAUAUAUUUAUUUAUCUCUCUGUACACAACACAAUACACCAUUUUUUUUUA